UCGGCGGGCGGGCUCCGGGCCAUGUGUGUGACUGCGGGCUGCGGCCUGUGAGGGUUGUGCAGUGAGCGCGGCGCCCGCCGGAGGACACACACCGUCACCUACACGCAGCCUGUCCUCUCCCCGCUGACGUGGUCCCGCACAGAAGACAUGGCGAGCCCCUGUAUCGUGCUUGCUGAUGACGAACAAGGAUACGAUCUUGACCUCUUCUGUAUUCCUAAGCAUUAUGCAGCGGAUCUGGAAAAGGUCUACAUUCCCCAUGGGCUAAUAAUGGACAGGACAGAAAGAUUGGCCCGAGACAUCAUGAAGGAUAUGGGCGGCCACCACAUCGUUGCACUCUGCGUUUUGAAGGGUGGAUACAAGUUCUUUGCGGAUCUACUUGACUACAUCAAGGCACUAAAUCGAAACAGUGACCGGUCGAUCCCCAUGACAGUAGACUUUAUAAGAUUGAAAAGUUACUGUAAUGAUCAGUCUACAGGAGACAUUAAAGUUAUAGGCGGAGACGAUCUUUCUACUCUAACAGGGAAGAAUGUCUUAAUUGUUGAGGACAUCAUUGACACGGGAAAGACGAUGAAGACAUUACUUGCAAUGCUGCAGCAGUACAAUCCCAAGAUGGUUAAAGUAGCUAGCUUGCUUGUGAAGAGAACCCCUCGCAGUGUUGGUUAUAGGCCUGAUUUUGUAGGAUUUGAAGUGCCAGACAAGUUUGUUGUGGGAUACGCAUUAGACUACAAUGAAUACUUUAGAGACUUGAAUCACAUUUGUGUUAUUAGUGAGGAUGGGAAGGAGAAAUACAAGGCAUAGAAGAUAGUUGAACCAUUGAUCAGUUGUCGACUCCUGAGGCUGGGAUGGAUUUCCUGAUGUCAUACCCCUAGACAUCAUCCGCAUCACACAUUAGACUCCUUAGUCAGUGCAUGAAAACAAAUAUACCUCGUCUCUUCUUUUACCUUCAGAAUGUAAUGCCCAUGGAUGGGGCUCUGCGCUGUACAAUAGUGUUCAUUAUCUAUGGAAGAUUUGCAUUUUGACGGCUAGCGCUUCUUUAUUUAGUUUCCUGGAUCAUGUAAAUUUAUAGCACUUAAGAAACCUACAAUGAAUGAUGAGUGUAUUGGUGAAUACAGUUCCACACUGGGUUAUUAAUGAGAGCAGCUUU